UGUCGGUGUGCAAAUUACCGUACCUUUCGUGCAUUUCAUUACCGUAUGGUGACUGGGAAUGAAAGGACCACAUCGCGUGUCGAUUCCGGCCUCAUUUCCGAUUUUCAUUCCCAUUCAUUUCAUUCAUUCAGCUCAUUUUGAUUUGUGAUUCCGGAUUCCGAGCUCCGGUCCAGUUAACGCAAUAAUAUCUUUUAGUGAUGCGGACGUGCAUAUUCCUCUGAUCUUUGGCACUGAGCAGCCACAGCAAGACCAUUUCAGCUCCAAUGUUGCUGGGUGGUAGCAGCAGGCAGCUUGUGGCUGCAGCUUUGAGUUUCACCACUUCCUCCUGCCUCCGCAAUGCUAGCAAGUACACGGGCACCUUCGUGCUGAAGCGGCGCCACGCCCCGCUGCUGGGCAAGCGCUCGUUCCCGGAUGACUCGCACAGACCGCUGCGGCGCCGUCAUAAGAUCUACGACACGAUCGAGCGGCCCGCCACCCAGCCGCUGCCCGACAUCGAUGUGAUCCUCACCCACCACGUGGAAGGUCUGGGCAAGCCGGGCGACGUCGUGGCGGUGAAGGUCACGCGCGCACACAACGAGCUGCUGGCGCUCGGCCGCGCCGUCUACGCCUCGCCCGAGAACCUGGAGAAGUACCGCAACGUGGCGACCGAGUCGGCUUCCGAGCAGGAGCAGCAGCACUCGUCCAUCUACUCGGCGCAGACCGUCAAGACGCUCUCGAGUAAAGUGCUAGGCGUCACCAUGAACCUGGAGGAGCCGUGGAUCCUGCAGCCAUGGCACUUACGCGUGGCGUUCCGCAAGGCUGGCUACGUGGUGCCGGAGAGCUGCCUUGAGCUCCCGGCGCAGCCCAUCCAGGGCCCGGACGUGGACGGCCUGGAGGGCAAGGAGUUCAUCGUCACGGUGACGGUGAACGGCUGCGAGCGGGUGCCGGUCCGCUGCCGGCUGCACCACUACGCGGCCGACCCGCGCGACCGCCUGCCCUACGUCUGGCAGUGGUGGCUGCGGCCGGCCGAGCCACUCUUCCCGGAGGAGGCCGAGCGACUGGCCGCCAUGCCGCGGCCGCUGAGCCAGCUCCGGGACGACGGCCAGUGAGCGGGCGGCGGAGGCGGUCAGGGACCGGGCCGCGGCGAUGGUCGGGGACCGGGCGGUGGUGGCGGCCGUGAGGGGAGGGGUGGCGGCCUCGGGCGGCUCCGCUGGCGGGACGCUCACCACCGAAGCCGUUGACGAGGAGCAGAUAUCCCGCGGGCGCUGGUGUGAGGACAGUGAGGCGUGAGGACGGUGGGCUGUGCAGCAGCCGAACGCGGCCAGGCUGGUCGAAAUGUGCCUCUCCAUCGACGCCUGUGACAAAAUCCCCGCGGGUGGUACGGUACUGUCUGUGAGGGAUGAGUUGGUGCCGAGAACAGAGUGAAUGCGAGCCUGUUCGUGCUGUCAGUUUGCGUAUCUGGGUUGAGUCAGCAUAUAAAAGGACGCAUUGUCUGUCGUGUAAGCUGCGUUGAGCGUCUUGCAAUAAAUACAAACCAGACUGAUU